GGCAUCAUGGAAUCCAAGAUAUCAGCCUGGUUAAUGAUAGUUUUAGUUAUCUACGUACUGUCGUUAAUAUCCUCAUCAACAGGUGAAUAUGUGUUCCCAGAAAACGACGAGGAUCGCCUAUACAAGGCUAUGAUGAAGAGUUAUCUGAAAACAUCACGUCCUGUCUUGUUGAGCAAUUCGAGCGGUUUUAAUGUAGAUAUAAGCAUCACGAACUUGAGGGUAGAAACACUGGAAACCGCUACAGACACCAUGACAGUUUCGUUUUUUCAUGCUAUGUUUUGGCAUGAUGAAAGAUUAAAGUGGAAUCCAUCGGACUUUGGGAACCUGGAGAAAAUCAGUAUUCCUGCAAACUCAAUAUGGAUUCCCGAAUCGGAGGUUUACAAUGUGUCACCGUUCCACCCUAGUAAAACCAUGACCGCCAAUGCUAUUGUCAGCUCUACUGGAAAUGUGGUGUAUAUCCCGUCACAGACGAUUUCAUUCUAUUGUCCUCUUGACCUGUCUAAGUUCCCUUACGACACGCAAACGUGUCGUCUCAAGAUGGGACCUUGGACAUAUAGCAGCGACGAACAAAACCUGACGUAUCAAGGUAAAACCGAGAAACAAGAUAUAAUGGAGACCUUAGGUGACAUGGAGCGAUUCUCUCACCCUCAAUGGACGCUGGAUGCUAUGACGGCUCAAAUACAACACGUGAAGUACACGUGUUGCCCGGAGCAAUACGUAAACCUUUUGCUAGAAAUCACCGUUUCUAGAAUACCGUCGUAUUACAGACUCGCACUGGUGGGACCUUCUGUAUUCCUUGCCAUCCUUAUUCCUGUGGUCUUUUUGCUUCCUCCUGAUCAGACAAGCAGAACAAAUUACGGAAUGAUUCUGCUGAUGACGAUGACUGUAUUGAUGAUGGUCUUCCAGGAGGCUGUCCCCUUCGAUCACGCUACAGUCCCGGUCCUUGUCGUGUAUUACUUCGCAAUUUUCGUACUACAAUUCUUCAGUAUUCUAUGUACCACAUUUAUUGGAAAUCUGCGCCACAAUGGAAUGAGAAGAAAACCGUUACCUGCCUGGCUUGGAUCUCUUUGUAUCAACAGUCGAUGUGUUCGGAGAUGUCUUUGUCUGGACAGCAAUUUCCAAGGAUUCCAGGGAGUCGAUACGCCAAUGAAUAUCCGUUUGUUGGAGGAAAACCAGGACAUGGCACAUGACAGUGGCCUAGACAAUGUCGACAUCUCGGUGUCGGAUGAACACUUCCGGGAUGUAUCAAACAACACAAAAAUUAUGGCGGGAAAGGUUAUUCGAGAAAGCGCUUAUGAGAAGCUGGCACGUGAUUGGCAGGAAGUUGGUCGUUGCCUUGACAGAAUUUUCUUCGUGCUGUUUGUGUUUCUGAUUGUCAUCGUGGCCUUAAGUACAGUCCUGAAAUAGAUAGUGAUUUGUUUAUGUUAUGGGUCAGUGAUACCCUUGGUCAUGGAUCAAUGAUUUCCUUU